CUGUGUGUAUCUGUCUCUGGGAGAUUUCGUACUGUUUCAUGCUUUGGAUCAGCCCGGGCGGCGCGAGACGGAAUACCGUCACAAGGGUGUGGUUCAACCCAAAAUGACAUCGCCGUGUGUAACUGGCAAGUGCAAGUAGGAUUUGUGCCCAUCAUUUAGAGAUGUACACAGCGAGCUCCGGGUCUGGGAACGCGUCCCUGCGCUGCUCCAUGUCUUCAUCGGCGGAUUUCUCAGAUGAUGAAGAGUACAGCGUGAAGUCUGGCUCGGUGUCACCGGCACCGGGAGACACGUUACCGUGGAAUUUACCGAGACACGAGCGGUCGAAGCGGAAGAUCCAGGGAGGAUCCGUGCUGGACCCCGCGGAGAGAGCUGUGCUCAGGAUCGCGGAUGAAAGAGACAGAGUCCAGAAAAAGACUUUUACAAAAUGGAUCAAUCAGCACCUCUUUAAGGUACGAAAGCACGUGAACGACCUGUAUGAGGAUUUGCGAGAUGGACAUAACCUGAUCUCCCUUCUGGAGGUGUUGUCCGGUGAGACACUGCCAAGGGAGCGUGAUUUUCUGAAGACGUUACGGUUGGUGAGUGCGGCUGACGCAUGCACGGUUGAGCGGCAUGGACGUGACCACGAUGAUGAUGAUGAUGAGGAUAAGGGGCCGCGAGAGAAGGGUCGCAUGCGCUUCCACAGACUCCAGAAUGUACAGAUCGCACUCGACUAUUUAAAAAGACGACAGGUGAAACUGGUGAACAUCAGGAACGAUGACAUAACGGAUGGAAACCCAAAGCUGACAUUGGGAUUAAUAUGGACCAUAAUUCUGCACUUUCAGAUCUCGGACAUCCAUGUGACGGGAGAGUCCGAGGACAUGACAGCCAAGGAGAGGCUUCUGCUGUGGUCCAAGCAGAUGACCGAAGGCUACGUGGGUGUUCGCUGCGACAACUUCACUACCUCGUGGAGGGAUGGACGACUGUUCAAUGCUAUUAUUCAUAAGUACAGGCCUGAUCUGGUGGAUAUGAGCAGAGUUUCAACACAAAGCAGCAGAUCCAACUUAGAGCAAGCGUUUGGUGUGGCCGAGCAGCUUGGUGUGGCCCGACUGCUGGACCCAGAGGAUGUUGACGUGUCAUCUCCGGAUGAGAAGUCGGUCAUUACUUAUGUCUCAACAUUAUACGAUGUCUUCCCGAAAGUACCGGAAGGCAUGGAGGGCAUCAGUGCAAAUGAUGUGGAUAUUAAAUGGGUGGAGUACCAGAACAUGGUGAUGUACCUCAGCCAGUGGAUCAAACACAACGUGACUGUCAUGGCAGACAGAAAUUUCCCCAGCAAUCCUGUGGAACUUAAGGCACUUUAUACUCAGUAUCAACAGUUUAAAGAGAACGAAAUCCCACCGAAAGAGAAUGAAAAGGCCAAAAUCAAGCAUCUCUACAAAAUGCUAGAGGUGUGGAUGGAGUUCGGCCGCAUCCAGCUCCCUCAAGGUUUCCAUCCUAAUGACGUGGAGAAGGAAUGGGGCAAGCUGAUCGUGGCCAUGCUGGAGAGAGAGAAGAGCCUGAGGCCUGAAGUGGACAGGCUUGAGAUGCUCCAGCAGAUUGCAAACAGAGUUCAGCGAGACUGCAUAGCCGGAGAGGACAAACUAGCGCUCGCAAGGACGGCUCUUCAGUCGGAUGCGAAGCGCUUGGAAUCAGGAAUCCAGUUCCAGAACGAAGCCGAGAUCGCCGGCUAUCUCCUGGAGUGUGAGAAUCUACUGAGGCAGCAGGUGGUGGACAUUCAGCUUCUACUCGAUGGCAAAUUCUACUUGGCUGAUCAGCUCGUUCAAAGGGUAUCUAAGCUGCGUGACGACCUGUUGGCUUUGAGAACCGAGUGCUCCACCGUCUACAGCAAAGGACACACACUGACCUCAGAACAGACCAAGAGGAUGAUCUCCGGCAUCACGCAGAGUUUGAACUCCAGCUUUUCCCAAAGCUUCAGCGCCGGGCUGUCUCCUGCCCUCACUCACGGAGGCCUGGUCAGUACGGGCCCUGCAAUGACCCCAUCCAUGAGCCCCAGCAUGCAGCCCGGCUCGGUCCAGGCUUACCUCAGCACCGGUGGAGGAGGAGGAGGAGGAGGCAUGGAGCCCGGGGUCCUUCAGCAGCUCAAACACAUGCAGAUCCGCAAGCCCAUGCUCAAAUCCUCAUUCCUGGACCCUAACUUGACCGAGGAUGAGGUUCAUUUGAAGUUCGUGCAGGAUCUACUUAACUGGGUUGAGGAAAUGCAGGGUCAGCUGGAUCAAGCGGAAUGGGGAUCGGAUCUACCGAGCGUUGAAUCGAAUUUAGGGAAUCAUAAAGAUUUCCACAAAGCCAUCGAAGAAUUCCAGAUGAGCAUUAAAGAAGCCAAAAUGAGCGAGAGUCAGAUGACCCAGCCGUUCAAGCAGAGUUACUCUGAGAAGCUCAACAAGUUAGAAAGCCAGUACAGGAGGCUUCUGAAAUGCUCGAGCGAGAGGCAGAAGCACCUGGAGAGCCUGCAUGACUUCGUGUCUCGGGCCACUCAGGAGCUGAUCUGGCUCAACGAGAAGGAGGAAGAGGAAGUGGCGUUCGACUGGAGUGAGCGAAACAGUAACGUUUCCAGGAAGAGGGAUUAUCAUGCAGAUCUCAUGAGAGAACUGGAUGACAAGGAAGAGGUGAUCAGGGCAGUGCAGGAGAAGGCGGAGAGCCUCUUGCUGGAGAACCAUCCUGCCAGAUUGACCAUCGAGGCGUACAGAGCAGCGAUGCAGACUCAGUGGAGCUGGAUCCUGCAACUCUGUCACUGUGUGGAGCAACAUCUCAAAGACAACGCUGUCUACUUCGACUUUUUCAGCGAUGCCAAAGAGUCGUUGGAUUACCUGAAGAGCCUCCAAGACGCCAUCCACAGAAAGUACAGCUGUGACCGAAGCAGCAGUUUACACCGGCUCGAGGACCUGAUUCAGGAGUCCAUGGAGGAGAAAGAGCAGCUCCUGAAAUACAGCGGCACUGUGGGCGGGUUAGUGGGUCGGGCCAAGGCCGUUGUUCAGCUCAAGGCUCGCAACCCAGAGAAUCCCAUCAGAUCCUCCAUCCCCGUCAAAGCCAUCUGUGACUACCGGCAGAUAGAGAUCACCAUCGGCAAAGAAGAUGAAUGUGUUCUAGUGAGUAAUUCUCACAGGGCGAAGUGGAAAGUGAUCAGUCCAUCUGGAAACGAGGCCAUGGUGCCUUCGGUCUGCUUUAGUGUUCCUCCACCCAACAAGGACGCCGUUGAAAUGUCAAGCAGGAUUGAGCAGCUGUAUCAGAAUGUUCUGGCUCUGUGGCAUCACUCUCACGUUAACAUGAAGAGCGUCGUGUCCUGGCACUAUCUGAUGACGGACAUCCGUGCCAUCCGCAAGAGCACCGUCGCCUCGAUCAAGACCCUAUUGCCAGGUGAUCACGAGCAGGUGCUGGGCAGCCUGACGUCCCACUUCGACGACUUCUUGAGGGACAGCGAUGAAUCCGAUGUUUUCACCGUGGCUGAUUGUGGCCAGCUGGAAAAGGAGGUUCUGGCUUGUAAGGAGUAUUAUGAGGAACUCCUCAAAUCUGCAGAGAGAGAAGAACACGAGGAGUCUGUGUACAACCUCUUCAUAACUGAGGUGCGUAACUUCCGCAUGCGUGUGGAGGGUCACGAGGAACAGCUGAUCAGGAAGAUCCGUACGCCGCUAGACAGAGAUGACCUGCAGGAGUGUCUUCUGCGCAUCACCGAACAGGAGAAAAAGAAGGCAGAGCUGGAUAGGUUGAAGGAAGACCUGGAGACCCUGAGAGAGAAGUGUGAAGUUUUCCUCAGGCAAGCAUCUGCCUCUCCAUCCGUCCCCACGCUUUCCUCUGAGCUCAGCAUCCUCACCCAGAGCACCAACCAGGUCUACUCCAUGUGCUGCAUCUACCUGGAGAAGCUGAAGACAGUGAGCUUGGUGGUGAAACACAGUCAGAGUGCCGAAGCUCUGGUCAAACUUUAUGAAGCCAAGUUGUGUGAGGAGGAUACAAUCAAUGCUAAUAUCAAAUCUAUCGAUGGUGUUGUGAGCACUCUCAAGCAAUGGAGGUCUGAAAUCGAUGAAAGACGCGAGGUAUUCCAUGACUUGGAAGACGAGCUGCAAAAGGCACGAGUGGUCAGCGAGCGUAUGUUCAAAACGCACAACGAGAGAGACUUUGAUUUGGAUUGGCACAAGGAGAAGGCCGACCAGCUCAAAGAACGAUGGCAAAACAUCCACUCUCAGAUUGAAAACAGGCUCCGAGACCUGGAAGGCAUCAGCAAAUCUCUUAAGUAUUACAAAGACACAUACAACAGCCUGGAUGAAUGGAGCAAAGAAAUGGAAGCCAAGCAACUCAAGGCCCAAGAGAAUCAACCUGAGGACAGCAAGGCGUUGGCCGAGUUCCUUAACCAGCAGAAAGUUUUGGUUGCAGAAAUCGAGCAAAAACAGAGCAAAAUUGAGGAGUGCCAGAAGUAUUCAGAGCAUUAUGCAGUUGGAGUGAAAGACUAUGAACUGCAGUUGAUGACUUAUAGAGCCAUGGUUGACUCUCAGCAUAAAUCCCCAGUGAAGAGGAGGAAGAUGCAGAGUUCCUCUGAUGUCAUCCAGCAGGAGUUUAUGGACCUUCGUACACGUUACACAGCCCUGGUUACUCUCAUGACACAGUAUGUUAAGUUUGCAGGUGAAACACUGAAGAGGGCGGAAGAGGAUGAGAGGUCUGUUGAGGACGAGAAGAAAGAACAUGGCGAUAAAGUUAACAAGUUAUUGUCCAGUAUGAAAACGAAUCUGAACAAAGAUGGAAAAGCUCAAAGUGAUGGUAAACCCAGCACUGAGAGCACUAGUAAACCCCAGAUGUCAAUGGAGGAGAUGGUGACAAAGAAGGAACAAAUUGGAGAAGCAUUGAAAACGACCCAGCUGAUGCUAACCAAACACAGUGACAAAAUGACAGAAGAAGAAAAGCAAGAGGCAAAAGAGCAGCUCAAAUCUCUUCACCAGGCCUACAGCGAGCUCUCACAACAGUGUGCAGAUGCAACUUCUUCAGCUGAUCAGGCACUGCAGGUCAUUCAAGGGAUUCUGGAUGUUGAAAGUGGAGCUGUCAUGUCUGUGUGUUGCUCGGUGAACAAUGGCCUCAUUGACCAGAACACAGGACUUGGUCUUCUUGAGGCUCAACUUAUAACCAAUGGACUCAUUUGGCCUGAACAGCACUUGUGUAUGGACUUGGAGGAUGCAUUCAAGAACAAACUUGUGGAUGACACAAUGUUCAAGCAACUGCAAGACUUGAAUAAAGCUAAAAAAUGUGUUCAGGAUCCCCAGUUUGCUUUAGAACCAUUGCCAGUUAUUGCAGCCCUGGAAAAUGGGGCUAUAUCUGUGCAAACAGCUAUAAAGAUCAUUGAAAUCCAGCUAGCGACUGGAGGGUUAAGAUACACCGGUGAUAUCCUACAUCUGGAAAGGGCUUUUCAACUUGGCCUGAUACCCGACUCACUCUUUAUCCAGAUGUCAGAGAGCAAGGACACUUGGGAGGACUUGAUUGACCCCAACACUGCAGAAAGAGUCACACUUAGUCAGCUUGUGAAGAGGAGCCUGAUUCACGAGCCGACAAGACUUCGCCUGCUUCCAGUCAAAUGUGGAAAAGAUGGAACUAUAUCUGGGGGAGAGAUUGAUGUUAUGAAAGCUAUGCACGAGGGCGUCAUUGAUAGAGAGAUCAUGCUUCGGUUGCUGAGCACCCAGUUGUUUGCAGGAGGCAUAGUUGAACCCAACACCGGCCAAAAGCUGACUGUUGAGGAGGCCGUAUCUGAGGGUCUGAUUGAUCUGGACACUGCAAGUGAGAUAUUAAGCCAUCAGACCCAAAAUGGUGGCAUCGUUAAUCCUUGCAAUGGGGUGAGGCUUACAGUCGACGAGGCUGUCCAGUGUGACUUAAUAAGCUCGAGCAGUGCGUUGUUAGUUCUGGAGAGACAGAAAGCAUUCAUGGGUCUCCUUUGGCCUAACGCUGGUGAAAUCCUCUCUUUCUCCACCUCUCUUCAGCAAAAUAUAAUCACAGAAAAACUUGCAUCGGAACUGCUGCAUAACCGGCAGAACAUAACAGCCUUGUACGUACCUGAAACCUCUGAGGUAGUUGAUGUUGACUCUGCAGUGGAGAAUAACUUGAUUGAGACAUUUACAAAAGAGUUGUUGAAGACAAUAGAAAUCCCAGAUGUUUUUCCUGAUACAGAUGAACUGAAAAACAGAUUUUCAUCAUGGCUGGUAAUGCGGGAGCUACAAAUGGAAGGAUCUUGUACAUCCGGUGAAGAAAUGAGUGACAAAAACAGCACAGAUGCACCAUCUCUCUCUGAGGUGAAACAGUUAUUUAUUUCCUACCUCAUGAUGAAUAGCUAUAUGGAUCCAAAGUCAGGCCAAAGACUGUUGAUCUUUGACCACCAGUUAAAUAAAAUGGCUAAAUUACUCUUUGAAGCAUCAGAAUCAGAAUGUGCAGAUGACAUUAGCGGCCUUCAUAUGAAUAAUAUUUCUGAAGAUUUGCAUGAGUCUCCACUGAACAGCUGCAUUCAUAACACUGACAAUGAUUGUCUGGAAGCUGAUUAUGAUGUGUUGGGAGAAUUGCAAAUUUGUGAACCUUUGGAAAACACAACAGAAGAAGAACAUAAAGUAGUGAAUGUAAAAGUAUUACACAAUUACCUAGAACCUACUCUACCCUUUGACUCUGGUGUAAACACAUUAGCAACAGAUCAGAAUUGUGAUCCUUUCCUAGGCAGUAAUGAACAUGAGACUGUAAUUGAAAUGAACAAACUGCCUGAGGUUUCUGCAUGUUCAUGCACAGACAAGUGCCAAGCAGACAAAAGCACCAUGUCAAAAACAAUGGAGUUACCACAUACAGCCUUUUCUAUAGCAGCAACUGCCACAAGUUUGUGCUCGAUAGUAGCUAAUUCUGAAUGUGAUGAUGACGUUAAAGGCCGAGAAAAACAUUCGAAAGCCAGUGAAACAACCAACUAUACAGAUAUACCCUCUGAAUUCCCACAUACAGAGCAUGUGUGGGGUGACAAAGUGGACAGAGAUUACGCCAUCCAUCUUCUUAGGGCACAAGUAGAGGAAGGUGGGAUUUUAGAUGUCACCUCUGGAAAACGGUAUGACCUUCAAGGUGCUCUUGAUAAAGGCCUUAUUGAUGAAGAGACUGUCUUAGAGGUACUUGCAUUGCAGCUUCAAGGGGAUGGUUUGAAAGAUAACGAAAGUGCUUCAUUGUCAGUUUUGAACACUUCUGUCAACAAAGGCUGCGUCUCAAGUAAGGUAGCACUACAGAUCAUGGAAAAGCAGAACCUUUUGGGUGGUUUCUAUGAUGCAGCAGUUAGAAAAACCAUUAGCGUUUGUGAUGCUUUAGAGAGAGGUCUGAUUACUGAUGAUAUUAGCAGAAGUGUUCUCUGUUCAGAGGCAAUCAGCAAGGCCAUCAUUGAUCCAGAGGCAAAGUGUGUGCUCAGUGUAAAUGAUGCCCUCCAGUCGGGAAUAUUGGAUGAUGAAGAGGCUGAGAGAAUGCAACAUUCACAGCAGGAUGAAAGGGUAGACAUUAUGGAGCUUGACUCAGCAAAAAGAGGUCAAAUAAGCUCAAGAUCAGAUGAAGCCAUGCAUGAAUCUACAGACAUAUCAGGUGUGAGCAGUAGUCAGGAUCUUCUGUUACCCACCAUUUGUGACGUUCCAUCUAAAGCAAUUUCUACAAAAGAUAAUGUGUAUGAUGAUGUAUCUGAAACUCUUGGAAUAGGGGAGGAUCGUGAUGUACAAUGUGGCAAUUUCAAGACUAUGGAUACUAACAAUGAGAUGAGCACUACAGAUGAAAGAAAAAGCAUUUUCACUUUGGAAGGAAAUUACUCAAAAAGGCCAAAUAACAAUGUUGACACUUUUGUCGUUGGUGUUUCUUGUGAAACUGGAAGUCCUUCAUCGUGUGUCAGGGAGGGGGCAUAUCUUGAGACUAUAGCCAGUCAAGUUGUUAGCCCAGUACAGAGUGACUCUGGGAUAUCAUGUUCGUCACAAAGUGAUGUCUGCUCUGAUGAAAGAAAAUCAGAGAGUGUACUUAAUCCUGAACAGGAAUUCAACAGGUCCAAUGUGGAGUCUGCAAUAACAAACACAUAUUUUGACAAAGGGCUCUCUGAGAGCUUGAGCACUUUGCUACCAAUGGUAAAAGAUGUUGCACAAGUUAAAACACUUGCAGAAGCACAGCCAACCUUGUCUUUAUGUGGAGCAAGUGUCCCGUCACCAAUGGAGACUGCAACAGAGGUGAAUUUAAGUACUGAUGGUCACCGCAUACUAGCUCAAAAUCUGCUGAAUGAGAAAGAGGAAAUACCAUUUCAGACCAAUGCAUCAUAUGAAGCUGAAUACUCCAAUAAUAUAAAUGGGAAUCCAGAUCAUGAGCAUUCUGAUGAGGAUCCAGUACCGUUUUGCACAGAGAACAGAGUAAAUGUGUCGGUUAGUUAUGGGGACAUGUCAGAAAUGUUCCGAAAUGCACCAAUAACAACACCUGAGCCCAGUGUGAUCUGUACAGAAAGCAGUAUUGACUGUAAUGUAGAACAGAAUGGUGACAUUGAAAACUCUAUAGGUUUCAAAGGAUCAGAGAACACACUUCAACUCAACUUGAAGGAUUUAGCUGGAUCAACAGUAAAUUCCAAGCCAUUACCUCUUGAAAUUACUAUCAACUCUAGUCAAGAUGAUUCAAGCGGAGGUACGCAUAACAUACAACACCCAAGCGAGCAAAGCAAGUUUUGUUAUGAAGUAGCCUCAAAGGACACUUCAAUAGCCAGAUCAGCUGAUUCCGACUUUACAAGUGACAAUGAUAAACAUGUAAAAGACUUGCUAGAAACUUUAAAGUCAACUUCAGGUCAUUGUUCAGAAGAGAUGUUCACAGAAUCCAAUGAAUUGCAGACUGACCCCCAAAAUCCAAGUCCUUCUGUCAGAGCCAUGCUUGAUCAGAAUAGUGAGAAAAAGGCAGGCAUCUUCAAACAGUCUCAGGGUAGAGAUACGGUGUUUGCUGAAGCUGUACUCCAAGAUAACCUUCAUUUACCUCAAAUGGCAAGGGCCAAAGAUGAAAGUGCUCCAAAAUCAAUGGGAAGCAGUGAUUUUUCAAAUGAGUUCAUCCAAACGAAGAUGGAUGGAGUAAGUGUGGACGAAACUCAAAAACAAAAAUGUCAAGCCAUUAAUAGCAUUAUUGAAAUUAUUCAGCACCCCUCUGGAUCCUCUCCAGCCAAUCAUCCCAGCUCAAAUGAGAGAAUCGGGGAUCCAGAUAUCCUCCUGGAUUUGAAAACACAUGAAGGACUUGAUCCGAGAGAAGUUCAGAAUUGUACAUCUGAUGAGAGUAAUGAUGGAAUAACGUGUCAGACUGAUAUACUGGAUAUGAUUCAGGGGAUCUCCACAUGUGGAGAUCAAGAAAUGCUUGAGGAUGUGGGUCUUUUGGGAGACACUGUCCUUAGAGAUGAAAGCAUGGAUGCUAAAAACAAGAUCUCAACCACAGAUGAUACUGCUGCAGAUGAUGUCUUUCAGUCAACCAACUCUAACUACCAGGUCUCUGUGGCAGAUGGUCCAAACAUAAGGCAGACAGAAGAAGUCAAACCGAGAAGAUAUUCAACCCAGAAUUACUUGGAGUGUGUUGCGAGACUUCAGGAUCAUUGCGAUACUCUUGAAGAUAUAAGAAGUGACUUGCAGGCCAAUGGUCCCUUAGCAGAAGACAUUGAGGGCUUGCAUUGUCAGUUUGAGGAAGUUCAGUCUCUGGAAAGACAGAUUGCUGCUCUCCCUGACAUACUAACAGCAGAUUUGAUCGUAGCAGAGCAACUUCUGAAUUCUGCUGAUGAACUCAUUUCCAUGCAAAUCCACCAAGAUUUGGCUGCAGUCUAUGUAGAUAUACAGAAUGCUUACAGAGAUGUUUGCUACUUGUCAGCUGAGCGAAGUAAUGAUAUUCUACUAGCCACUGACACGGUGAAGAUCCAUUUGGAAAGCUCAUAUCAGGAAUUGCUAAGCUCUCUUGAUAAGAUAUCAGCUUGUAUACAAGGUGAUUCUGCGAUGGUGUCUAAGCUUGAUAUCAUGGAUACUGAUGACACAGAAAGAAUUAAGAUCAAGAUUCAGCAAAUUAAGGACACAGAGAAGGACUUGUCAGGAACCCGACAGCUCCUGGAAGAUGCUGCUUUUGAUAUCCAAAACUUCAUUUCUGAGCAUGCUCAGUUCCUGAGUCCUGCUCACAGCAGACACCUUCUAAGGGCUCUCAGCACUACCCAGAGAUCUGUUAAAGAGCUAAUGGACAGAGUGUUCACUCAGAGACAAACUCUGGAGGUCCACUUGGAGAUCCGUGAGGAUGAGAGUCAGCAGCAGGCCGCUGUGGAGAAGCAGAGGGAGUUUUCAGAAAAGCUGCAGGAGCUGUUUGAUGAUCUAACACAGACGGAAAACCGACUGAUUGGCCACCAGCAGCAGGCAGUCAGUGCAAAGAGUGUGGGAGACCUCCAGCAAUACCAGCAAGAGCAUCAGGCUCUACAGAAAGACCUGCAGGCUAAUGCCAGUGCCCUCAAUGAAGUCAUCAGUAGCACAAAGAAGUUUCUGGAGGAGAAUCGCAGUAAACUCACUCCAGCGCAGAUAUCGGCUCUUGAGGACAAACUGGAAGAGCUGAAGAGCAAGGCGAAUAUGCUCAACCAGAAGGCAGAAGAGUCAAGGAAGGACCUGGAGAAGGUUUUGACAAGUGCUAUCAAGCAGGAGACUGAGAAGGUAGCAGCUGUUGAACAACUGGAAGAGAGUAAAACCAAAAUUGAAGGUCUUCUAGGCUGGAUCUCCAACAUUGGGAAAGAGAAAGAAAUGGGUGGAAUACAAAAGGACCAGACGGGUAAACAGAACGGAAACAUGCCGGAGUACACGUCAGUGAAGAGGAUUAUUGGCGAGGGAGAUGAUCCUAAUGGAAAUGCAUUAGAUGCUACAGAUAACACAAGUCUGCAUACCGGCAAAAAACAAGACGGUAAAGCCUUGGACCUGGACCAGCAGUAUGAUAGAGUUCAAGCUCACCACCAGGAAAUCUUGUCCCAACAGCAGGAUUUGAUCAUUGCCACACAGUCAGCGCAGGCGUUACUCGACAAACAGGCUCAAGUCCUGUCCCCUGCUGAAAAAGACAAGUUACAGAGGGACAUUAAAGAGCUGAAGGGCCGCUACGAGUCCUCUCUCACACAGGCCGAGCAGCAGAUGAAGCACAUGCAGACAGUUCAGGAGGAGCUGCAGAAGUUUAAGGGGGACUGUGAGGAGUUUGAGACGUGGCUCCAGCAGGCCCACGGGCAGGUGGAGGAGCUGGAGACGCCCGCCGCGAGUCUGGACACUCUGAGUAAUAAUCUACAGAGACAGAAGAGUUUCUCUGAAGACGUCAUCUCUCAUAAAGGAGACCUGCGCUUCAUUACCAUCUCGGGCCAGAAGGUGCUGGACGCAGCGAAGGCCUGCGACCGUGGGGGAUCUGGGGGAACGGACGGCCUGGCGGUGGUUGAUAUGUCCGGGACUUGUUCUGCCGUCAAAGAAAAGCUGGAUUCUGCUGCCGCUCGGUACAAAGCCUUGCACACACAGUGUAAUCAGCUUGGAAACAAUCUUAAAGACGUGGUGGACAAGUACAAGAAGUAUGAAGAUGCCAGUGGCGGUCUGGUGAAGUGGCUCAGUAGCUCUGAGGACGAGUCCCGAAGACAGCAGUCAGAGCCCAUCGCUGGAGAUCCACAAACCCUUCAGAGACAGCUGGAGGAGACCAAGAGUCUUCAAGGGCAAACGGCGUCCCAUCAGGCUGUGCUGGAUACGCUGAGGAAAUCCUCUGAUGCCCUGAUCUCUGCGGAGGGAGAACUGCUGGCCAAUCCUGAGGAGAUUCAGGAGGCCGUCGACGACAUCGCAGAGAGGUACGAUAACCUGUGUAAGUCGGUGAGCGACCGCAAUGAGAAGCUCCAGGUGACUCUGACACGCUCUCUGAGUGUCCAGGACGGGCUGGACGAGAUGAUGUCCUGGAUGGAGAAGGUGGAGGAGAGCGUGAAGGAGACGCCGCGAGUGCCACUCGACUCACACUCCAUCACAAAUGCUCUCAGCAACGAGGCAGCUGUGGAGCAGGACAUGUCCAUCCGGCAGAGCAGCAUCUCCGCCAUGAAGCUGAAGGUGCAGGAGUUUGUGGAGAGCGCGGAUCCCGCCGCUGCUGUCCUGCUCCAGGGUCGGAUGGAGAGCUUGUCCCAGCGCUUCACUGACGCCUCUGAGCGCCACAAGCGGAAGCUUUCUCAGAUGGAGGAGCUCAGAGACCGCGUGGAGCGGUUGGAGAAGACCUCUGAGAAGCUGCAGCAGUUCGUGCUGAAGAGCUCGCAGGCUCUGACGGAGAGCGACGGACCCGGGAAGAACCUCGCUGAACUCUCACAGCUCGUACAGGACACAGAUGCAGAGUUGUGUGAGCGCGGGGCGGACGUGGAAACCCUACGGAAACUGUCUGAGGAACUCGGCAGGUCUGGUCCUGAAGGAAGCGCAGCUCUUCUCCAGAGCAAAAUGCAGAACAUCUGCGACAACUUCAAUGCUUUUAAAGAGACACUUAUGGAGAAGAAGCAGGAGGUCCGGUCCUGCCAGAAGCAGCUGCAGGAGUUCAGAGCGGACACAGGGGUGUUAAUGAAGUGGCUGGAGGACACAAAAGAGCAAGUGCCAGUGUGUCAGCCCGACUGCAGUGAACAGGGCCUGGGCAAAGACCUGCGCAAGAUCACUGGCUUGUUGGAUGAAUGGACCUCCAAAGCUCCUGCAGUCCAGGAUAUAAAUAGCAAAGGAUCUGCUCUAUGUAGCAUAAUCAGUGUUUUGACAUCACCGGCCAAAGCCAAGAUACAUCACAACUCAGGAUCAGCUGUCAGUAAUGGCUCUGGUCCAGGAAGCCAUGCCUAUCUAACAAACCAAGAGUUGAUGUUGGUGCAGCAGAAGAUGUCCUGCAUUAACACCAGUUAUGACCAUCUGGGGGAGCUUCUGAAGGCCAGAUCCUCUGAGCUCAGCGCUGUGUUGAGGAAAGUGCAAGCGGUCCAUGAACAGGCUGAGUCUUUACGCCAGUGGAUGCAAGACACGAAGAACACGGCGUCAUCAUGGAGUCACCAUCCGUCUGGGAAACACACAGUCAAAUCACAGAUAGAGCAACAGAAGGUCUUUGAAGAGAAUAUGAAAGGAAAACAAGCGCAGCUCCAGCAGCUCAGGGAGAAUUUGCUCAGUUUAAUCGCGGAGAACCCGGAUUCACCCGAGGCAGAACAGUGGAAGCACAUGCUGGCACAGAUAGAUGCGGGAUGGGAGGAGGUCAGGGGAAGCAUGGAGAUUCGGAAACAGCACCUGGAGGAGUCGUCCCGAAUGCUGGAGCUCUUCCAGACGACCCAACCACAACUCUCCCAGUGGCUGCAGGAGAAGGAGCUGAUGAUGGGCGUCCUGGGGUCUUUGUCUAUGGAUCCCAACAUGCUUAACACACAAAAGCAGCAAGUCCAGAUUCUCCUCAAGGAGUUUGACAGCCGCAAGCCUCAGUAUGAGAAGUUAACCGAGGCCGCCGCAGCCAUCACUAGUGCCUCAGAGAAGCAGGACCCUGCUGUAGAGCAGGUUAAGGAACAGCUGGCAUCUAUUUCCCAGAAGUGGCAGGGCUUGACGGGUCAGCUGUCUCAAAGACAUGCCCUCAUUGAGCAGGCUGUCGGUAAGACCGCUCAAUUCCAGGAGAUUUUGCAAAGCCUCAACAAAAGUGCCACCUGCCUGGAGACUGAACUAAAUAACCAGCAGGCUCUCAGCACCCAACCUGACGAAGUCAAGAAACAGAUUGAAGCCACCAAUGCAAUCCUGGCUCAGCUACGAGAGGAGAAGAAGAGGCUGAAAGAGGCAGAACACAUUUGCUCUGAGCUCUCUGCCAUGGUGACUGAGGAGUAUCUCAGAGCAGACUUGACCAAACAGCUUGAGGCCGUCACCAAACCAUUCAGACAACUUGAGGACAAAGCAGGAAAGCGGAUUGAGCAACUCAACUCGGCCUUUGCCAGCUCCCAGCAGUUCCAUCAGACCUCUAAGGACUUCCAAGCCUGGCUGAAUCAAACUCUCCAGGAGCAGUGCAAGACACAGCCCAUCUCCGCAUAUGCAGAGAAGUUAAAACAGAGUCUCAAGGAGAACAGUGCUGUUCAGAAGGCCAUCAGUGACCAUGAGGGACCUUAUAACACCAUCAUGAAAGAGGGUGAAACUCUCCUUCAGAGAACAGAGGGGGCAGAAAAGGUGGCCCUUCAGGGACAGCUCUCUGCUCUAAAGUCCAGCUGGGAUGAUGUGAAGAAAAGCAAUGCUGAUCAAGCAGAAAAGCUUCAAGGGGCCAUGCAGAGGGCUUUGAAGUACAAGGAACAUUCAGAGCAACUGAGCUCAUGGUUGCAAGAGUUUGAAGACAGGGAGAAGAAUGUAAAGCUCAGCGUGAACUCAGUGGAGAUUGAGGGCUCCCUCUUGCAGUUGAAAGCCAUCCAGAAGGAUGUUGACAAGCAUAGAGGGCAAGUUGUGAUAACGAACACAGCUGCAGACAGCCUCCUGGAGGUCGUCACAUCAGAUGGCGAUAUGGUUAGGGAGGAGAAGGCAACCAUUGGUAAAAGACUGGAUAAGCUGACAGAAGAUUUAAUGCUCAAAAGAGAAACAUUAGAAAAUAUCUCGCAGAAACUGAAAGAGUUCAACGACUUGCAGAAAGAAGCCAAAGGCCAACUGGAGGGUACCAGGAAACAGCUCGAUUCGCACUCUUCCUUGGGUGUCCAGGCCUACAGCAACAAGAACCUGACCAACAUGAAGGCUCAGCAGAACAGCUUAGAGGGUGUCCACAACCAGAUUGAGCAUCUCAAAAGUCUUGCACAAAGUCUUGUAGUAGAUGCCUCUGAGGUUGAAGGUGUGACAGACCUUCUUCUUCAGGCAGAUAGCUUGGAAAAAGACCACAUGUCAAUUACCAAAAAGGUAGAGGAUGCUUGCUCCACCCUGGAGAACAAGCUCCAGGGCAUUGGACAAUUCCAGAACAGCAUCCGCGAAAUGUUUGCAAACUUUGCAGACCUGGAUGACGAGUUGGAUGGUAUGGCUUCAGUUGGCAGGGAUCUUGACACCUUACGGGAUCAGCAAAGCACUAUCAAAGACUUUGUUGCUAAACUUCAGGAUCUGAUGACCAACACAGUCAAUGGCAGAGACAGUUGCAAGAAGAUGCUGGAAUCAGAGGCCUCACCAGAUCUCCUGGGUCUAAAGAGAGACUUGGAAGCCCUGGGCAAGCAAUGUGGAAAGCUGAUGGACAGAGCCACCGCUAGAAGAGAACUGGUGGAGGAGACCCUCAGUCAUCUGGAGGAGUUCUGCAGCAAGGCGCAAGAGUUUACCCACAAACUAAUCAGUGCCGAGAAGCAAGAGGAGUCCCAAGGGUCUGUUGGAUUGGAAACAGAAGCCAUUAACCAACAACUGGAGUCCUUCAAGGUUUUCCAGAAAGACGUCAUUGAGUCGCUGCAGAGCCAAUUGCAUGAGUUGAACACUCUGGGCCAUUCAUUGAUCCAGAACGCCGGCAAAGGCACCAGCACCAAAAGCCUUGAUCGUGAUCUAGAAGAGGUCAACACCAGAUGGAACACCCUCAACAAAAAAGUUGCGGAGCGAUCUGCACAGCUUCAUGAAGCCCUGCUGCACUGUGGCAGGUUCCAGGAUGCACUGGAGUCUCUUCUCAGCUGGCUCACGGACACAGAGGAGCUGGUGGCCAAUCAGAAGCCUCCAUCGGCAGAAUUCAAAGUGGUCAAAGCACAGAUACAAGAGCAGAAGCUCCUGCAGAGACUGCUGGAUGACCGAAGAGCUACAGUGGAGCUGAUUAAGACGGAGGGACGGAAGAUGACGGGUUUGGCUGACACUGUUGAUGAGGAGAAGAUUGCGCGAGAGAUUGAAUGCCUGGGGCAAAGGUGGGAUGCCCUACUUAAGAAAGCGGAGAACAGACACAAGCAGCUGGAGAAUAUAUUGGUGGUGGCACAGCAAUUCCAUGAGACCCUUGAGCCUUUGACGGAGUGGCUGACAGCUACCGAAAAAAGACUAGCCAACUCCGAGCCCAUCGGCACCCAGACAUCCAAGUUAGAGGAGCAAAUCUCUCAGCAUAAGGCCUUAGAGGAGGAGGUUUUGGGCCGUGGUAAGAUCUUGUACCAGGCCAUGAGUCUGGGCCAAUCUCUUCGGGCGGUGGGCUGUGUGGAUGACAAGGAGCUGGUUCAGGCAAAGCUGGACAACACGAACAGCAGAUAUAUGGAGCUGCAGGAGCAUUGCCGUCAGAAGGCCGAGCUACUGCGGCAGGCCCUGGCUAAUGCACAGCUCUUUGGGGAGGACGAAGUGUCCCUAAUGACCUGGCUCGAUGAGGUGCACUGCAAACUGAGCGAAGUCUCGAUCCAAGACUACACGGUGGCCGUGCUCGUGAAACAGCACGCUGAGCAGCUGACUCUUCAUGAAGACAUUGAGUUGAGGAAACAAAAUAUUGAACAGGCCAUCCUAAAUGGGAUAGAACUGCUGAAACAGUCCACAGGCGAUGAGGUUGUCGUCAUCCAAGGUAAACUGGAUGGAAUAAAGACGAGGUAUUCAGAGAUCAACACAAUGAGCAACAAUGUUUCAAAGACUCUGGACAAAGCCCUGUCUCUCGCCACAAAGCUGCAAAACACCCACGAGGAGCUCGACUCCUGGCUGGAGAAGGUUGAGUCUGAGCUGGCUUCAUUUAAAGCUGAAGAACCAGUCGGAGAACAGCUUACUGGCUUGCAAGAGAGGCAGAAAACCCUGCUGAAGGAGGUUAAGGACCAGAAGCCACUGGUCGACUCUCUGAACGAAGUAACCAGCGCUCUGCUGGAACUGGUUCCUUGGCGAGCGAGAGAAGGGUUGGACAGGAUGGUCACAGAUUACAACGAGCGCUACCGAUCGGCCAGCGAUGCCAUUACACAACACGUGGACCAGACUGGAGCUGCCAUCUUAAAAUCCCAGCAGUUCGAUCAGGCGGCCGCCACUGAGCUGGAGUGGCUGUCCAAGGCAGAGAAGAAGUUGUCCUGUCUCGGAGACGUCAGGCUUGAACCGGAGCAGACCGCAGCUCAGCUACAGGCUCAGAAGAGCUUCUCCAUGGACAUUAUGAGACAUAAAGAUGCUGUGGAUGACAUUGUAAAGACCGGCGAGGCCAUUAUGAACAGCAAAGAUGAAGCAGAGAAGCAGGCGUUGAGGGUGAAGCUCCAGGUGUUGUCGGAGAAGUACAGUGUGGUCAGCCAGCUGAACUCGGAGCGCUGUCUGCAGCUGGAAAGAGCUCAUUCUCUAGCCUGCCAGUUCUGGGAGACACACGAUGAGCUCUGGCCAUGGCUUCAGGAGACCAGAACCAGCUUCACUCAGCUGUCCAAACCAGCCAUUGAGUACGAAGCCCUUCGACAGCAACAAGAGGAGCUGAGGCAAAUGAGGGAGCUGAUAGCAGAGCACAAGCCACACAUUGACAAGAUGAAUAAAACUGGACCUCAGCUGGUGGAGUUGAGUCCCACAGAAGCCACGGCCAUCAGAGAGAAGUACCAGACCACCGACAGCCUGUACGGCCAGCUCAAAGUGGACGUGAAGGUCAGAGCCGCUGUCCUGGACGAGGCCAUCUCCAAAUCCACUCAGUUCCACGAUAAGAUCGAGCCGAUGCUGGAGUCUCUGGAGCGCAUCUCUGAACGCCUGCGCCAGCCUCCGUCCAUCUCCGUGGAGGUGGAGAAGAUCCGAGAGCAGAUCUCCGAGAACCGAGCGGUGACUGUAGACCUGGAGAAGCUCCAGCCCUCGUAUGAGACGCUCCGAGAGCGCGGAGAGGAGAUGAUCGCGCGCUCAGAAGGAGCAGACAAGGACCUCUCCGCCAAAGCCGUUCAAGAUAAGCUGGACCAGAUGGUGUUUCUGUGGAAUGACAUCCAAGCUCUUCUGGAGGAGAGAGAGGCCAAGCUCCUGGAUGUCAUGGACUUAGCGGAGAAGUUCUGGUGUGAUCACUGCGCGCUCAUCGUCACCAUCAAGGACUCGCAUGAUCUUCUGAGAGAGCUGGAGGAGCCUGGAGUGGACCCGUCAGUGGUCAAGCAGCAGCAGGAGUCUGUGGAGAGCUUCAGGGAAGAGAUUGACGGGCUGCAGGAGGAACUGAACGUGGUCCAGAAUCUGGGGGCCGAGCUCAUGACGGCGUGUGGAGAACCUGAUAAACCAGUGAUCAAGAAAAGUAUAGAUGAGGUGAACUCGGCCUGGGAAACCCUGAAUAAGACAUGGAAGGAGAGAGUCGAGACUCUAGAAGAAGCCAUGCAGGCUGCGGUUCAGUUCCAGGACAGCCUCCAGAACAUGUUCGACUCGGUGGAUAUUAUGGAAAGCAAACUGGAUUCGAUGUCGCCCGUGGGCACAGACCUGGAGACUGUGAAACAGCAGAUCGAGGAGCUGAAGGAGUUCAAAGGCGACGCAUACCAGCUUCAGAUCGAGAUGGAGAGACUGAACCAUCAGGCCGGGCUCCUGCUAAAGAAGGUGUGUGAGGAAGCCGACCGAACUUCUAUCCUGGAGCCGAUGAACGAGCUGAAAAUGCUCUGGGAAAACCUGGAUAAGAAGAUCAUCAACAGACAGCACAAGCUGGAGGGAGCGCUGUUGGCUCUCGGGCAGUUCCAGCACGCUCUGGAUGAACUUCUGGCUUGGCUCACUCAUACUGAAGAGCUGCUCAGUGAACAGAAGAAGAGCUGUGGCGACCCCAAAGCCAUCGAGAUCGAGCUCGCAAAGCACCACGUGUUGCAGAACGAUGUGCUGGCCCAUAAGACCACGGUGGAGGCUGUGAAUAAGGCGGGCCGGGAGCUCGUGGACUCCAGCGCUGGAGAGGAGGCCAGUGGUCUUCAGAUCAAGCUGGAGAACCUCAACCAGCGCUGGAAGACUGUCCUGGAGAAGACUGAGCAGAGAUGGCAGCUUCUGGACAGUGCUUUACUGCAGGCUCAAGGUUUCCAUGGUGAGAUUGAAGACAUGCAGCAGUGGCUGAAAGUCACGGAGCGUCAGCUGUUAGCAUCAAAAGCCCUGGGAGGAUUACCAGACACGGCCCGAGAGCAGCUCAACACCCAUCUGGAGCUCUGCAGUACAUUGGAAGUGAAGGAGGAAAUAUACAAGCAACUUCUUCAGCGAGGACAGCAGAUUUUGGCCUUGACCCCUGAGGGUCAGGACAGCACCACUGAACUGGACCUACGCAACCUGCAGGACAAGUGGGAGUGUGUUCAGGCCAAAGUGAUGGAGAGGAAGGUGAAACUGGAGGAAGCUCUGGCGAUGGCCACAGACUUCCAUAACUCACUGCAGGAUUUCAUCAACUGGCUGACCCAGGCCGAACAGACGCUCACUAUGAUAUCUCCUGCCUCUCUCAUCCUCGAGACCAUCAUGUUCCAGAUAGACGAGCAUAAGGUGUUUGUGAUUGAGGUGAACUCUCAUCGGGAUCAAAUCAUCGAGCUGGAUAAGACCGGAACACACCUGAAGUACUUCAGUCAGAAACAAGAUGUGGUGUUGAUCAAGAACCUCCUGCUGAGCGUUCAGGGCCGCUGGGAGAAGGUGGUUCAGCGCUCGGUGGAGAGAGGACGCCAGCUGGACGACGCCAGGAAACGGGCCAAACAGUUCCAUGAGACCUGGAACAAACUGAUGGAGUGGCUGGAAGAGUCCGAGAGAUCGCUGGACUCUGAGUUGGAGAUCGCGAAUGAUCCAGACAGGAUCAAGACACAGUUAACCCAGCACAAGGACUUCCAGAAAGCACUGGGCAGCAAGCAUUCAGUGUACGACACCACCAGUCGCACGGGCCGAGCUUUGAAGGACAAGACUUCUUUGAAAGAUGACAACCAGAAACUGGACGACAUGCUCAGUGAGCUCAGGGACAAAUGGGACACAGUCUGCGGGAAAUCUGUGGAGAGGCAGAACAAGCUUGAGGAGGCUCUGCUGUUCUCAGGUCAGUUCACAGACGCCCUGCAGGCUCUCAUCGACUGGCUGUAUAGAGUGGAACCACAGCUAGCAGAAGAUCAGCCGGUUCACGGGGACAUAGACCUCGUCCUGAACCUCAUCGACAGCCAUAAGGUGUUCCAGAAAGAGUUGGGCAAGAGGACCGGCAGCGUGCAGGCUUUGAAGCGUUCGGCCCGAGAGCUGAUCGAGAACACCCACGAUGACUCUUCCUGGGUCAAAGUUCAGAUGCAAGAGUUGAGCACUCGCUGGGAGACGGUGUGUAGCCUCUCUGUGUCCAAACAGACUCGGCUUGAGCAGGCACUGUGUCAGGCUGAGGAGUUUCACUCCACCGUUCAUAUUUUACUGGAGUGGCUCGCAGAAGCGGAGCAGAGUCUUCGGUUUCACGGUGCGCUGCCUGAGGAUGAAGAAGCCCUCCGCGCGCUCAUCGAGCAGCACAAGGACUUUAUGAAGAAUCUGGAAGAGAAGAGACUGGGCCUGAAUAAAGCCACCAGCUUGGGAGAGGCGAUCCUGUCCAUCUGCCACCCAGACUCCAUCACCACCAUCAAACACUGGAACACCAUCAUUAAAGCGCGCUUUGAGGAGGUGACGGCUUGGGCUCGACAGCACCAGCAGAGACUCUCCAGUGCUCUGGCCGAUCUGCUGGCCACUCAAGAACUGCUGGAGAACCUCCUGAACUGGCUCCAAUGGGCCGAGACCACACUCGGAGAGAAAGACAAGGAACCUCUUCCUCAGGAGUUAGAGCAAGUCAAGUCUCUCAUUGCUGAGCACCAGACAUUCAUGGAAGAGAUGACCAGAAAACAGCCGGAUGUGGACAAAAUCACCAAAACUCAUAAAAGAAAAGCCACAGCAGACCCCCCGGGGCAGUCUCAAAUCCCUGUUCUACACAAAGGACGAUCAGUCAGAAAGAGAUCUCCUACACAAAUCAUGUACGCCGCAGCAUCACAGGCACAGAUCGAGACGAAGAACCCCAGAGUGAACCUGCUGGUCAGUAAGUGGCAGCAGGUGUGGCUUCUGGCUCUGGACAGGAGAAGGAAGCUCAACGAUGCUCUGGACAGACUAGAGGAGCUGAAAGAGUUUGCCAACUUUGACUUUGACGUAUGGAGGAAACGCUACAUGCGCUGGAUGAACCACAAGAAAUCACGCGUCAUGGAUUUCUUCCGUCGUAUUGAUAAAGACCAGGACGGCAAAGUCACAAGGCAGGAAUUCAUCGAUGGCAUCCUGUCCUCAAAGUUUCCCACCAGUCGUCUGGAGAUGAGCGCCGUGGCAGACAUCUUUGAUCGGGACGGCGAUGGUUACAUUGACUACUAUGAGUUUGUGGCUGCUUUACAUCCCAACAAAGACGCUUACAAACCCUUAACCGAUGCUGACAAAAUUGAAGAUGAGGUGACUCGCCAAGUUGCAAAGUGCAAGUGUCCUAAGCGGUUCCAAGUAGAGCAGAUUGGCGCCAACAAAUAUCGGUUCUACCUUGGAAACCAGUUUGGUCUCGUUCACUGCUUACAUGAUCCCUUAAUCGCCGAUGAGACUAUAACAAACAGGGACAAUCAAAAUCUUACCCCUCAUCUACACGUUGCGGUUUUGGAAAGCUGUAUCCUGUUUGGAGAUUCCCAGCAGCUCCGGCUGGUGCGGAUCCUGCGCAGUACGGUGAUGGUGCGGGUCGGUGGGGGUUGGAUGGCCCUGGAUGAGUUCCUGGUGAAAAAUGACCCGUGCAGAGUUCACCACCACGGGAGUAAAAUGUUGCGCUCGGAAUCAAAUUCUUCAAUUACUCAGUCUCCUAUAGGUUGGCAACUCUCACACUUUCUCUCCUUGCUCAAUCCCAGUGCAAAGGGCAGAACCAACGUGGAGCUGCGCGAGAAGUUUAUUCUCCCAGAAGGCACCACCCAGGUGAUGGCCAGUUUCCGCUAUAGAGGUCGAAGGUCACGGCCUUCCUCAAGAGGCCCCUCCCCUAACAGAUCCAACUCCAGCCACAGCUGCCCCGCACAACCCAACCCAUCCGGCGCCAGCACACCCAAGACUCCCCAACAAUUAAUCCGAAAUUAUGAUAAACCCUGGCUGACAAACAGCAAAUCAGCUACGCCCCUUAAAUCAUCUGACUCCUUUGACAGCCAAGGGUCGUCCAAUGAGAACACCCCCAUUCAGGGAAGCAAGCUUCGUCUUCCAGGAUAUUUGUCAGGAAAAGGCUUUCAGUCGGGAGAGGAUGGAACCCUGAUUAAUGCUGCAGUCAUGAAGGCCAGAGGUCAAGCCAUGGGGUUGAGUAAGAUCUCAAGCAGGCCUGGCAGUAAAGCAGGAAGCCGAGGGAGCAGUCGCCGCGGCAGCGACGCCUCAGACUUCGAUAUUUCGGACAUCCAGUCAGUUUGCUCGGACGUGUCGGAGAACGUGACAGACUCAGGGAGGCCACGCUCAUCCUCUCGCCAACACGGGGGGAAGCCCUCCAAGAUCCCAACUCCCAAAAGGAGGAGCACCCCUACUAGCAAACUGGCCAAGACCAGCAAGAGAUAGUCAAGAGUCCAGUCCACAGAAGGGGUCACGUUACAAGCCCCCGUUCUGGCAGCACUGGUUAGCGCACACCAAACCCAGACUGGACACACGUAGACUCACACUAAAGACUGCAAAGUGUUCUCAUUUUUAAAAAAAACGUAGCGAGAUGUAAAUUAUUCUGUUGUGAACGUGAAAAAGGAAGUUAAUGUGGAGUGUGUGUGUGGAAUGCAAUGGCUUUGUGUAUUUGUCCUGUACUCUAUGUGAACGUCAUUAAUAUUUUGUUUGAUCGCUGGGAAAGAUCAGCGAACACAAGAAGACUGUAUGUUGUUAGGCUACCUAACACUUUUCCACAUGUUCGUGUCGAGGGAGAAGCUGAAUGUACAGUCAUUUCCUCAAGCGCACAUGCUUGUUGGUGAUAAUAUGCCCCUGUAUUCUGCCAGGACACCACCGUUAUUUAUUCAUCUAUUUAAAGUGCAAUGACAAGCUGCUGUUAUGCAUUUAAAGGGCAAUACAAUACUUCCAACUGUAACCACUGCAAUCAUACACUACAACUAAUCCAGAUCAUGGCCUUUAAACUUAUAACACUCGUCUGUAGCGUCCGCUGUAUUGUUCGUUUCAUCAAAUCACAGAUUGUGUGCCACCGAACUGUGACUACAACUUUCUGACUAAAAAACAUUCAUUAAGUGCAAUCAUGCCUGUGUAUUCUAUGGUUUCUUUUUGCCUGAGUGAUGCAAAUUACUCAACUUUUUGUAAUAAAUAUGCUUGCAGAAAGCUCAACAAUAUACACAACAAUCACAGA